AUGGCCGAAGUUGCUCAAGCCUUGGAGACCUCAAAUGUCACAAGCAUCAAAUCACUAGCUGAAUCACCAGCUCUCAACUCUGUUCCUUCUGCUUAUGAUGAAGCUGAUCCUAAUGAUCCUGAGUUCGCUAUUCCCAUUGUUGAUAUGUCUCUUCUCACCUCUGGUUCUCCUGAUGAGCACGCAAAGAUCGUCCGCGAUCUUGCCAAGAUUUGUGAAGAAUGGGGCUUUUUCAUUGUCAUUAACCACGGAGUAGAAGAGAGCCUAAUGAAGGGGAUGUUUGACGCAUGUCAUGGAUUUUUCAGUCUUCCAGACGAGGAGAAGAAGGAGUUUAAUUCAGGAAAUGAUGUGACUGAGAUGUUCAAGUAUGGGACAAGCUAUGAUCUUGCAUUGGACAAAAUACUUCUAUGGAGGGACUUCAUGAGGUUCCAAACACAUCCCGAGUUCUACUCCCUCUACAAACCGGCUGGCUUCAGUGAGAUUUCGCUCGAGUAUAGCAAAAGAGCCCGAGAAGUAGCCUUGGAAAUAACUCGAGCAAUAUCAGAAAGCUUGCUGUUGGAGCCAGAGUACAUAUACAACACAAUGAACUUGGAUCGCGGCUUACAAGUGCUAGCAGGGAACUACUACCCACCUUGUCCUCAGCCUGAACAUGCCAUUGGUUUACCCCCUCAUACUGAUCCUGGUCUAUUCACUAUGCUCAUCCAGAAUGACUUGAAUGGCCUCCAAGUCGAGCACAAUGGAAAAUGGCUCUCUGUCACUGGCCCUAAGAAUUGCUAUUUCGUUAACCUUGCAGACCAAAUGCAGAUCCUUACAAACGGUAGGUACAAGAGUUCGAUGCAUCGCGCCACCGUGAAGAACAAAGCUACAAGGAUAACGAUACCUUUAGCCCAUGGACCAUCCAUAGACACGAUCAUAGCACCAGCGCCAGAGUUGUGUGAAAGAUAUGGACAACAACCAAAGUACCUUGCCAUGAACUACAACGAAUACUUAGAACUUCAGUAUAGUGGCAAGAGCUACAUGAAGUCCAAAUUUGAUCACAUCCGAGCCUAG